AUGCUUCGUCUUCUUGUUUCGCUAUUGCCGUUGUUGAUCGCCACUUCUGGUACGGCGGUUGAGCAGGCUCGACAGUCAUCCCAAGGGACAGCAACUAUAGAUAUCGGCCAAACUCAUGGCUCGGCGACAUUUCUUGCCUCUGGAUUCAUCUACGGCUGGCCAGAUAACGGCACAUCUGCCUCAACCCAGAUCCCUGAGAAUCUGGUAAAGGGAUUCAACUUCAAUGCAAACCGUGCCGGCGGAGCUCAGCUCCCCGUUGGAGGAUGGGCUACAGGCGGUUUAAGCGGCUAUACCGAAAGAUUCCAGUCGGCCUUGUCAAAUUACCGAACCACGCGCAAAUAUGGCGGAGAGUUUAUCCUCCUGCCUCAUGAUCUGUGGGGUGCAGAUGGUAGCGAGGGAUCAGCGUCUCUAUUCCCCGGUGAUAAUGGGAAUUGGACUGAGAUGGAGGCCUUUUGGUCUCAAUUGAUGACAGAUCUGAGGAAGAACGACAUGCUGGAUAGCCUCAUCAUUGACCUCUGGAACGAGCCCGAUGGCACGGGUUUUUGGCCUCGCACGUGGGAACAAGCUGGACUGCCUGGAACUCUCAUCAGCGGCCCAGCUCUAUCAGGUGCACCCGGCCUCCAGAACGACAACUGGCUCACCUGGCUCCCAUCCAUCGUUGGCAACGACACUGUACCGGACCACUACUCUUGGCAUCAGAUUGGAUCAGGGAAUCGCUGCCCUGAUUUGACUGUGCCAGACUUUAAUACGCUGCUCGCACGAUUUGGCGCACCAGCGAGGCCAAUCGACAACAACGAAUAUGCGUUGCAAUCAGAACAGAACCCGGCGAAUGCAGCGUGGUACAUGUCCCAGUUCGAGCGUCACGAUAUCCGUGCCUUGCGUGCCAACUGGGCCAGCGGCUCUGAUCUGCACAACUGGAUGGCCAAUCUUGUAUACAGCAAUAAUGGCACUUACUAUCCCAACGGUGAGUGGCAGGUGUAUCACUAUUAUGCAGGGAUGAGCGGCGAGAGGCUUGUGACGACCGCCUCUUCCGACACCCAGUUUGAUGCCUUUGCUACUCGCCAAGGAAACGAUAUCAAGAUCCUGGCUGGGACUAGGACGAUCCAGGCGCCUUACGAUAUUAGUGUCAGUAAUCUCAGCCAGAUUGGCCUUGGGUCGAGUGGAAGUGUCAAUGUUCACGUUUACCGAUUUGAUUGGAAUGGGACAGAAGGUGAAGUUGACGGCCCUGUUGAUCUCGGCACGGUACAGUACUCCUAUGCUUCAGACACGCUCACCAUCACUCUGGAUCCGCCAACAAACUCGACUGCCUACGCCUAUGAAUUCUCUGGAGCCUAG